UCACCAUCGAGCGGCAGCAAACGGCACCCGUAUCGGUGCUUGUACGAUACCUGUUCCGGGACGAGAACGCACGCAUCGCGAACCAAUAGACACCCGGCACUCGAUAGGAGGCACCAAGGCCCGCCGCACCGAAAUCGGAUCCACGAGAACCGCGUUCCCGACCGACCGACCGAGAUCGAAAACAGGCAGUGAGUGUAGCCCGUGCUAGUAUACAUCACAGCACAGCACAGCACAGCACAGCAGAAACAACAACAACAACCACUGCGAGAGCAACCGUCUCGUUUCAACUCGUCUCUUGUCUUGCGUUUUCCGUUUCGCCAUGGGAGCCCCGUACACGAACCAGGUCGUCCUGCUGUGCGUCCUGGUCUUUUCGGUGGCGACGCUGCACAUGCUCGUCGGCCACCUAAGGGUGCCCGGGGGCAGCCACGUUCCGAGGACCGCGAGGAAUGGAUUGUCCUCGUCGUCGUCGCUGCGGCCGGCCGCUUUGGAUUCGGCCGAAACGGCCAUUGGCGACGCCCUCGGCGGGGCCAUGGACGGUUCCUACGAGAAAGAAACAGGCGCCGAAUCGGACCUUCGUUUCGCGGGCGGUGACGCGGAUCCCGACGAAACGGACACCGAUGGGAACACGGAAGGAAACCGAGACCAAACAGAAGAAGACGACGACGUCGACAACGACGAGACCGCGGGUAGAACCAAGGAAAACGGCGGCGCCGAAACAGAUGGUGAUCGUGACAAAGACCAGAAAGACGGCGACGACGACGACGAUGAAACGGUUGAUGACAACAGGGAAGACGACGACGAUGAAACGGUUGRUGACAACAGGGAAGACGACGACGAUGAAACGGUUGGUGACAACAAGGAAGACGACGAYGAUGAAACGGUUGRUGACAACAAGGAAGAYGACGACGAUGAAACGGUUGAUGAYAACAAGGAAGAUGACGACGAUGAAACGGUUGAUGAUAUGAACAAAGGCAAGAAAGAUGACGAUGAAGACGAUGGAACAAAUGACGACAGUAAUCAAGACGACGACGAAACAGGCGAUGCCAAUGGCAAAGAAGAUGGUGACGACAACAACGACAACGACGACGACAGCAAUACCAACGACGACGGGAACAUUGCCAACGAUGACGGGAACAUCGCCAACGACGACGGUGACAACAACGGCGGCAGCAGUGGCUCCAGCGACAAGCCAAAACCCACCCGGGAGGAGGUCGCCGCGAGCAACAUGGCCAUCUACAACAAUAUCACCUCGGGCAACACCACCAGCCUGAUCAACGGCCUGGAGUUUGUCGACGACGUCGACGAAACGGGACACUUUGUCCACCGCCUCGCGCAGCCCAGACCGGUCUCCGCCCUCAAGGUCCCGACGCCGAUCUUUGUGCUCAGCCUCUCCAAGUCGGGGACCACCACGGUCCACCAGUACUUCCAGUGCGGUUUGGGGAUCGGGGCCAGCGCCCACCACCGGUACCCCUACAAGAAACAGCCAAAGCUCAGGUACGUCGGAAAGACGAUGCGGGCGAACCGGAUCGCCGACCAGCCGCUCUUGUCGUGGAGGCCGGGCCGGGACAAGCCCGAGAAGAAGAAGAAGAACCGGAAAGGCGGCGGCGGCAGCGAAAGCAGCAACGGCAACGAGAGCCGGGAGUUUACAGAGGAGGAACUGGUUCCCGAUGUCCUGGAGGACUACCAGGUCUUUAGUGACUUUGAUCUCUACCGGCCCGGGAAAAAGAGCAUCGACUUUAUGGUCGACAACCUGGACAACAUUGGGAGGUUCUACCCCAACGCCACCAUCCUCUACCUGAACCGGGACGCGGCCAGCUGGUACAACUCGGCCAAGAACUUUGGGAGCCUCCUGCGCCGAUGGAAGAACUUUUCCGUCUCGCCGCUGGUCGACUCCCUCUUCGGGCAAGGGGGCCGGGAGAACCUCCCCAACCCAAAGGACCCGGAAGCGGAGGAGGCCUGGGUCUCCUUUUACGAAAAGUACACGGAGCUGGUCCGGGGCUUUGCGACCGGCCGGGCGGGGGACGAUCUUCAUCUUCCACACAACACCAACCACUCCAUCACCUACCUGGAGAUCCCCCUCGACGACCGCACGGGGGGCGUCCUGGAGGAAACCGUCGGCCUGCCGGGGGAGUGCUUUGGCCACGCCAACCUCGGGACGCUGGACAAGCGCGAAAAGGGACUCAAGACCAAGGGGGGGCUCCCGGAGGCCCACCCCCGGGAGUGGACCGUAAACACCUACGCCGAGGCAUAGCAAACCAACCAACCAACCAACCAACCAACAAAUUAUCGAAAGAGUUGGUUGGUUGGUUGUGUGGGUGGCAACUGUCGUCCCGUGUUGCGCCAAUGGUAGCACUAACCGUAUAGAAACAUUGAUU